ACGUAACACUUGCUGAACUUAUCAUUCGUGCGCCCUAUCAACAGGUUAACUAACACCACGAUACCAGUAGUUGAUAGAUCUACCAGUGUUCAGUGUGGACGUUAAAUUCAACUUAUAACAGAUUUCUCCAUUACCAACGUAGAUAAGUCAAGCAUCAUGAACAUCACGAGCGCAAUAAGAGUAGUCGCUCUCUUUGUCUGUCUCAUAUUGUUUGUGGCCACUGUGACAUCGGCGCCCUCUUCUUAUGCUUCUGAGUACGACAGUGGUAUCAGGGAAUUGGUUGAGAUGCUGAUGCAAAGGGAACGCGAAAAUAGUCUGGAAGACAGCCGGCUUGGAUAUCACACAGUGUCCCGGAAAGCCGGACGAUCGCCUCAGCUUCGUCUACGGUUCGGCAAAAGGAUGGAUUCUCAAUUUCCGGGCCCAGCAGCUUACAUUUCCGCUCUCAACGACGUACCAGCCGAAAACUAAAUCAUGGACAAAUUCAAUUUUUUUUUAAUUUCUAACCAAUUUAGUUAUUUCAGCGAUAUGUCAGGCAUGUUUACAUUGAAAAUUUCAAUUUGUCACCUAGGCGUAUUUAGUUACGAAUCCCCUAUUUGUUUGUGACACAAGAACAGCGGGAUCAAAUUUUUACAAAGGGCAUAUUUUGCUUCGAACAACAUGAAAUUUUUGAUAGAAAUAUGCUUGAAAUAAAAUCCUGUUAUAUAUAUCUUAAAAAUAUUCUCUACAUUAUAGGAAAACCUGUCAAAUGUUUACUUGGAAUACACAAAUUGAAGAAACAAAGCAUAAUGGAUGACAGGGGAAUAAAUGUUAUAUUAUAAUAAUUAUCUAAAUAAAAUAUUCUCUAAUGGGUUUAACAGAUUUUAGUCCAAAAAAAAUGAAAUAAUGGUCAAGCACUUGUAUUAUUUGUAUAAGCUAUAAAUUAUAUAAAUGGUUCGUAUUAUUUUUGUUUUAGUAUAUAGUCAAUUAUUAUAUAUUGUCAAGAUUUAAUGUAUAAUAAAAAGUAACGGUCAUGAUAAAAUAAAAGUUAAUUUUUGUCACUAUAA